AUCGCAGGCCGAUCCUCAUUUCUAUCCUUUCGUGGUUCUAUUCUAUUCAAACUUUUCUUACCCGUUUAUCCUCGUCUUCUUCAUUCUCAACGCUUCACUUUUUACAUCUUUUACGAUCAUGGCUUUCCUUAAAUGCAGCAUCCUUGUCCUUGUCAUCUCUGCUCUUGCCACCUUCACCGUUGCCGCACCCGUCGCAGGCUGUGCUGCCCAAAAGUUGGCAAACGGGAACGGUAACUGUGCACCAUGUGUUGCUAUUGCCACUUGUGCAUACGACCCCGCAAACUUGCAGUGUGUCAACAAACCUGCGGGUGCUCUUCCUGCUACUCUCAUCGCCGAUAGGACUCGGUGCCCGACGCUUUCCCAGAUCGCCCAGGAGAACCCUAGUGUUGCUGUUCGUCAGAAGGCAACCGCGGAGUUUGCCAGGAUGAGGAACCAUAUCUUCGUCGGAGAGAAGGAUCCUUCAUCUGGAAGGCACACGUUUACCGCCUUCCGGGCGGCGAACAAGGAUGCUGGUCGUUGCGACAGGGAGACGAACCUUUGCGCGUUCAAGUUGACAUCCACGACUCCCAAGACUGUCUGGGAUGACCGCGCAGGAAAGUACACUCAACAAGAUGUGCAGGACAUGUGUACGACUGCGAUCACCCUCAACCUCCUGCACAACAACAACGCUGCCAGUUCUGGAGCGUUCGCCGUUCAGACCAAGUUUGGCAAGUCGAUCUGCGUUGAGCACCUUGUUACCAAGACCAACACGCCUUCGUGCUUCCCUCUCGGUAUUCACCACGCCACUCAGUUCCCUGUCGGCAAGCCUUGCACUGCUACUGGCAAUGCUGCUAAUACUCUCACUGUUGAGGUCGCUCAAGAACUUGUAAUGAGUACGCUAUCACGAGGAUAAUGGGUAAUAGUUUGGAACCACGAAAUCCUUCAGAAAGUGAAUUCGGGGGGCAACGCAUGACCCUUGCGUUAGGCUGUCGCACUUAUAGUGGACAUGAGAUCGCCUAACCAUGCCCCGAUUCCAGGUGUGAGACAUCAAAUGCCGAAAUGUAUGUACGGGGCCCAACGUUCAUCGGAAACUCCACUGCUCCGCAGACGUUGUACAGCAUCAUCUAAAGCAUAAGCAACUGCAUUUGGAUCUAGCAGCUCUCUGCCAUCUGCGAAGAGCUCACGAUAUACGCCUUCAGCAAUGUCGGGACCAUCCAUGUCGUCCAUUGGCCUGUGGUGGUAACGUUAAUUAUGUAUGACCAUAAGAAGAUACUUCGACAAAGACAUACCACAUAGUACC